AUGUCGAUAGCUUUUGAAGCAAGUUUCCUUUCGACAACUGCUGAAAUCGAUCCUUUCCUCAGUUUAUACUCGAAUAAGGCGUAUGUCGAUGCAAUGGUGAAACAGAUGGGCAAUCAAGUUGGAUCGGCCACAAUCACAAAGGCUUUCAUCCAAUGGGGAAAUGGGGAAUGGGAUGUGACAAACGUGUCCACGCUUAACAUUGUUGAAGCCGGAAUGGAAGUGACAUUCUAUUUACUCAACAUUCGCCGCGUGCCCAACUUCUACGUUUACGUGAUCGCUUUACCGUGUUUCAUUUUGACAGCUCUAUCGGUGGUGGGCAUGUUUUGGACGCGAAACAUCAAAAAAGAGCAACUCGUCAAGUUAUCGAUUGGUCUGACAAGUCUCGUCUCAAUGACGGUGCUCUUGGAAAUGCUCUCGGAUUCGAUCCCAAAGACUUCUGUUUUCCCGUUGCUUGGUAUUUAUGUGGUCUGCUCUAUUUCAACGAUCAGAAAAGAUCAGCUUCCGAUUCCGUUGAGCACGCAAUGUUAUCAGCUUUCGAUCGAGCCGUCACCCAACCAAGUUCUUCUUUUCGAAAAGCUGUUGUCGGUUUCAACUGCAAUGUUGAUC